AUGAAAUUGAGUGAAUCAGUUUCAUUUAAUAAAAAAACUCUAAAGGUUAAUGGUUUGGUAAACUUGGGCAACUAUACUCCUGAACAUCAGAAAAAUAGUAAAGGUGAUCAUGCCUUGGUCUUAAUGUACCAACCAUUCCAAGGAAAAUGGUAUCAGGCAUUGGCAGUGUUUUUGAGUUAUGAUUGUGCUUCAAGUACAGUGUUGCACAAGAUUGUUAUUGAAUGUGUUAUUCUUUUGAAGAAGUUUCGGUAUAGAUGCCAUUGCAACUGA